AUGUCUGAGGAACUGCUGCCUGUGAAGCCAUCGCUGACUCCUACAGGAGUAAAUCCUGCAAGCAUGUCUGAGGAACUGCUGCCCGUGGAGGUGUCAUUUAUUCCUACAGGAGAAAAUCUUGCAAACAUGGCUGAGGAACUGCUGCCUGUGAAGGUGUCACUGGCUCCUGCAGCAGUAAGCUUAGCAAACACGGCUGAGGAAUUGUUGCCCGUGGAGGUGUCAUUGACUCCUACAGGAGUAAACGUUGCAAACAUGUCUGAGGAACUGCUCCCUGUGGAGGUGUCACUGACUCCUGUAGGAGAGAAUCUUGCAAAGACGUCUGAGGAACUGCUGCCUGUGGAGGUGUCACUGAGUCCUACAGGAGUAAAGGUUGCAAACAUACCUGAGGAACUGCUGCCUGUGGAGAUGUCAUUGACUCCUACAGAAGUGAAUUUUUCAAGCACAUCUGAGGAAAUGCUGCCCGUGAAGGUGUCACUGACUCCUACAGGAGUAAAUCCUGCAGAUAUGUCUCAGGAAGUGCUGCCUAUGGAGGUGCCAGAAAUACUCUAUUACUUGAAAUCGGGAAAGAGCACGAUCCCAUCAGGCACGAGAUUACAGGAUGGAGACUCAAACAUUGGUUCUUUGGGAGGUGGUGAAGAGGACAAUGAAGGAAGAACUGCUCCAGGCAGUGGUGAUUUCAAGAUAGAAUCCUCUCCAUGCUACCUGCUGACUGUAAGGAUCAUUCGGAUGAGAAAUAUCCAUCGAGUGGACACCUUAAGCGAGGCUGAUUGCUACGUAACGUUGUGGCUGCCUACUGCCACAUGUGAAAAGUCCCGCACUAAAACUGUGAGAAACUCCAACAAUCCAGUGUGGAAUGAAACUUUCUACUUCAGGAUCCAGAGCAAAGUUAAGAAUGUGCUGGAGCUGACAGUGUAUGAUGAGGAUUUUGCUACUCCAGAUGACCAUCUCCUCUGUACACUCUUUGAUACAGCUAAGCUGCCAAUUGACAGAACAGUGAUCCUGUAUUUUAAGCCCAGCCAAGAGUCCAAGGAGGAGCUAGAGGUUGAAUUCAAAUUGGAGGCCGCUUCUGGUCCUCAUGAAGCCAUUGCUACCAAUGGAGUCCUGGUGUGUCGUGAACUCUGCUGCUUGGAAGUUGAAGUGGAAGAGAAGAAGCAGCAAAAAUCAAAGAAAGAACUUUCCCUUACUGUGAAGGGCUCCUUUGAGGGGACACAGGAUAUCACGCUGGGCCCCAAUGGAGUAGCCUGCCCAUCAGGUCCCACCAAGUUCCACUAUAUCAAGUACACGGAGCCAACACUAGAUGUCAUGCUGCCGAAGAAGAGGCGCUAUCACCCUUGGUCCUGUAAGUACAGUACAGAGACGGGUUCCCCAGUUGUGAUGCUGAAUUCGCUGCCCAUGGGAAGGAAAACAACCAUUGCAGAGGAGAAAAGAUUUGACUUGAAUGUGACAGCACAAAGCUGUAAUUGUUCAUGCCCACAAGACCUGGACAUGCGCUUUGGGUUUGACUUAUGUUCUGAGGAGAUGACUUUCCUAGGCAAAAGAAGGAAAUAUGUAGCAAGUGCCCUGAAAAAUGUUUUUCACCUACAACAGGAUCUGCAGGAUUUUGAAGUCCCCGUUGUGGCUAUCAUCACAACAGGCGGAGGACUGAAGUCAAUGACAGGACUAUAUGGUAGCCUCAAGGGACUCAAGAAAUUAAAUCUUCUGGACUGUGUAACAUACAUCAGUGGACUGUCUGGCACCACAUGGACUAUGGCCAAUUUAUACAGAGAUGCCUACUGGUCACAGAAGGACCUAGACACACAUAUUGGUGAGGCCCAGAAACAAGCAACUAAAUGCAAGAUGGGCUGUUUCUCUAUGGAUCGCAUGAAGUACUACAACAAGCAGCUUUGUCAGAGGAAAGAAGAGGGAUACAGGACAUCAUUUAUAGAUCUUUGGGGACUCAUGAUUGAGUACUUACUAAAUGAUGGGAAAGACUCCCACAGACUUUCAGACCAGCAAGAAGCACUGUGUGAUGGCCAAAACCCACUGCCCAUCUAUGUAUCGGUCAGCGUCCGGGAUAAAUACAGCACCAAUGAUUUCAAAGAGUGGGUGGAGUUCACCCCCUUCGAGGUGGGACUGCUGAAGUACGGCGCCUUCAUCCGCACAGAGAACUUUGGAAGUGAGUUCUUCAUGGGUCGCUUGUUAAAAAAGCUCCCCGAAUCCCGGAUCUGCUACCUUCAAGGUAUGUGGAGUAGUAUAUUUUCUGUGAACCUAUUACAAAUUUGGGGACUGUCCCAUAGUUCAGAGGACUUCUGGAAAAGAUGGACACAAGACAAAAUAGAAGAAGUUGAUGAAGACCCUGUGUUGCCUACAAGACCCCAUGAGCUGAAGACUCGCAUGUACACUCCUCCCGGCCCCCUGUCCAACGCCCUUCGGGGAGCACUGACCGACCGCUUCUCUGUCGCCCAGCACCACAAUUUCAUGAAAGGCUACCAGCUGCACGACAGCUACAUGGAGAAUGAGCACUUCCGUCGAUGGCAAGACACUGUGUUAGACUCGCGUCCCAACCAGCUGAUGCAAAACCCCGAUCACCUGGGCAUGAUAGAUGCUGGGUUUUUCAUCAAUACCAGUAGUGCACCACUUUUAAGGCCACAGAGGAAAGUGGAUGUCAUCAUAUAUUUAAGUUAUACUACCGGAUCACAUACAUUGACUCUAGAUAAGGCGUGCAAAUACUACUCAGAGCAGAAAAUCCCGUUUCCCAAAAUUUCUUUGACUGAUGAAGAUAAGAAAAAUCUGAAGGAGUGCUACAUGUUCCAAGAUUCAGAUAUACCAGGAUGUCCAAUUGUGAUUUUUCUUCCCCUUGUGAAUGAUACCUUUCGAGAGUACAAAGCACCUGGUGUCAAGCGCUGUUGCUCAGAGAUGGAGGGAGGACAACUGGACUUGACCAGCCGCUGUUCCCCCUACUGCAUGUUUGCAGUCAGGUAUACGGAUGAGAAUUACCAGCGGCUGCUGAACCUCAGUGAAUACAACAUCCUGAACAACUCUCAGAUGAUUAUGCAGGCCUUGCAGAUAGCAAUCCAGAGGAGAAGGCAAAAUAUGUGCUAAUCAGGUGCCCAGCUGCUCCUAUCUUCUCAGAGGAGUUUUUCAAGGCCUAGGAUGCAGGAGGGACAUCGCUUUCAAACACUUGGCCAUUCUGCAUUACAGGACAGAGCAACCCCAGAUUGCUCUGUGGUUUGCUGGGGUUUUUUUUCCAUUCACAAGAAGUGGCCUCUAUAGGCAAAAACAUUGCCUGGGAUUUUUUCACAUGUUUGGUUCCCUAAAUUAAGGUUGUCUGUAGAAGACUCUUUACCAAAAUUCUUACUAGAUUUUAAAAAUAGCGUUGCUUUAAGCCUAACUUGUUUUUGUGUAUGAGAGAUGGGAAAAUAAUUUUCUGUCACCACAAUGCUACAGUAACAUAUUCACACCUUAAGAAGGGAGUAAAACCUUCCACUCCCUACAAUUCUUCUUUGUGGAACACUAGGUGCAUCUAGCCCUGGAAAACGAAGAAAACCUGAGGCACAACUGGAAGCUGAUAUUGGAUCCCUGAGUCAACUCUGUUUUGUGAGUGUCCUGAAGAGCAGCUCUAGAGGUUGGAAAUGUAAGAGAGAAAAGUGUGUUCCCACAGCCAGCCUCAUGAAUCUUAUCCACCUGCUGGGCUAUCUUGGGCUGUGAUUGAGUCAUACUUACAUGAGAAGGAGCCACUUAGGAGGAAGUGGCUUAAAAUAUUUCAUCUAAAAGAUCUUCUAAAGCAAAAGGUGUCAUUUGGACACUUCUAAAUUUCCUCUGUCACUUUCGAUUGUUUUGUGAUAGUACACGAAAAAAGUCAACAUUUAAUUUUAAGCUUUCAAAAUAAAACACCCUAAAAUUUAUACUCCCCAGUUCUCAUAUUAAAUUUAAUUACUUUUUUAAAAAAGCUUGAAAUGAAAUAUUUGCUUUCACUAGACAAUAAAAACUUCAUAGUUUUACUCAGGGCAAUUUGUUUAAACAGUUUAGGACAUAUGCUCAUUGUCAAAAAAUAUUAUUUCAAGGUCAUGUUGGGCAGAGUUCUAAGCAGUUUGAUCAAGUUAAAGAUGUCCCUGUCCACGGCAGGGGGGUUGGACUAGGUGACCUUGAAAGGUCCCUCCCAACCCAAACCAUUCUAUGAUUUAUUUAGUUCUGCCUGUUCAAACCGUGCAGAUUAGCAGGACUUAGUGGAAAGCAACAACAAAGACCACCUUAAAGCAAUUGAACAGAUCCUUCAUGGGCUCUAGCACCAACCCUCCAAUAACCACUGAUGCGGAUUCACAUUUUUCAACUUUCUUCUUUUUCCCUUUCCUGCAAAGUGUCUUUCCUGAACUGUUGGAAGUGAUGAAGGUGAGCUGUUUGUAUUAGAAAACCAUAAGAACCUUUUUAACUUAGGAGUAAGUACAAACGAAAAGACUUUUCUUUUAUUAGUGUAUUAUUUCUUUCAUUAAUAUGUUUUGUGUGCUAAUGGCAACUGGGAAAAUUUGUAACCAAUAGUCUUUUCAGAUAAAAACCAAAUCCAAAACAACCAAAACCCAGUCUAUCAACUAGAUAGCAUAAUCUGGCGCUAAAAUAGACCAGGGGAAAAUGCUUGGGCAAGUUGAAACAUUUCAUGUUAGUAUUUUACAAAAUGUAUCUGUUUUGAAACACAGCUGAUUUUUAAUAGACUGCCUACCUCGUCGGCCUGGGGAACCCCACCUGAAAAUAACAGCUUUCAUUCACAGUCAAAUCACAUGUUUGGCUUGGUGCAAAACCACACUCUGAGGAUUUCCAUUUUGGCAAGAAACAACAACGAAUUAUCUUUACAAAUUGGUUCACAAUGGCUUUGGCUGACACUUCUGUUAUUUAAUUAUGUCAAACCAAAUGUUACCUUUGUUUUGUACAACUAUAGCCUGGUUUUGCAAGCCUACAGAUCAGAUCAUGAAUAUUAGCAUUUAAAACUUUCUAGGUUUUGAAUUUCUGCUAGCUUUUGUUGUUAUUGUUCCAUAGUAGGUUCACUAGUUGUAAUAAAAAAAACGGUGCUACGUGCUCUGCACAUAACCCUGGGAAUUGCCUCCAUUCGAACCUGAAAUCCCUGCUGUGAAAGAAGAAACACAGUUUUUGGUCAUAAACUCAGGCCACCUCCAGCUCCGAAGAAAUGUUAUUUAGAUGCAAAUAUUUAAUGUGUUUAAAAACUAGACAAUAAAGGCUUGUUCACAAAA